AACAGGUCGUCCAAUGCGUAGUGCGUUGAAACCUAACAAGCAAGUGAUACAAGUUUAAGCAAUUGAAGGGACUAAUCCGUGAUAGUAAUAAAGCGCAUUCUCAGAACAAUGAUUUCUCGAGCAACAAUAUAUUUCUUCCUGUGCAUAUUCGUUCAGCAACAUUCGUGCUCGCCCGUGCCUACAAACACCAAAAUUCGCCACGAUGUCCGGCGGAGUUCCGUCGCGGAUGAUGCCACCACUUCGACGACCCCGACCAGUUCCUCUUCCUCCUCUUCGAGCAGGUCCACCAGUGUGAGCUCUGACAGUACUUCGGCUUCAGCUCGAUCGGAAUCAACCACCCCACUGCUGGUCACCGGAUCCGACCUGGUUCACGGAUCACCGGCCACUACCGAGUUCAUCAAGCUGGCGGAAAUCUUCGAAGAUCCCGUUGAGGCGAACGGCAAGGUUAAGGCAAAACGAAACGUUCCACUUCGAGGCGUGGACGAGCACGAGCACGGUGAUUCGCUGUCCUUCAAGCCGGAACACAACGAGAAUGAGGAUGACUUGGCGGUCGCAGAAACCCAUCUGUUCCGGCCGCUUUUCAAGUACAAGUCGGUCAACUCCGAGCGCAGACACAUCCGGCAGCCGACGGUCACAAGUACCACAACAAAGUAGAAUUUAGAUAUAGGGAAAUAGAUUAUUUAUUCUUAGGUUUAGUUUUUAAAACGUCGAAAAAUUGGAAAUAAUAAAAUGUCGAAAAAUGUAAAAAUCAAAUAUACCAUUUUCUGGGAACCUCCCUGUGCAAUAAUUGCGAAAUUCCUCUUAAUUCUUUAGAAAUAGAAGGAGUUCAACCAUGUUAUGGAACCUGUUGUAAUAAAAUACUAUUAAAAUGAGAAAUAAACA